AUGCCCAAGUGUGAUUUAUCCUCCGCUGAGAAGGGCGAGACAGACAGUCCACUCCACCGGGUUGAGUCGUCCCUCACUCUCACCAAUUCCACCCUUCCCACGCCUCAGUCAUCGCGAGACUCAAGUAGAGAAAGAAGAAAGCGAUCCAGAUCCAGAUCAAGUAUGACGGUAAGAAUUGACCUAUCGGGAACACUAUCAAUGAGGGUGAGGACUCAGAGCUACCUGUAUGAUGAUUUCGAUUGCUCUUACAUGAGCCUCAUUAUCAUCAUCUGCUUCUUCAUCUCUGGGUUGAUCGACAGCGUGGCUUUCAACUCAUGGAACUGCUUCGUCCAGAUGCAGACCGGCAACACUGUCUUCGCUGCUCUGGGCCUAGGAGGCCAACCGCAAGCCAGCCACGACCAACAAUACUACAAAUCCCUGACCUCCAUCGCAGCCUUCUGCCUGGGCACGCUCUUCUUCAGCGCCCUGCACCGCUACCCAACCGGCCUCUCCCAACAACCCACGUCCCGGCGCCGACUCAUCUUCCUCACCUCCUUCCUCGUGCAAACAAUCUUCAUCACCAUCGCCGCCGUGCUGGUCACCGAAUCACUGGUCUCCAACCACCCCUUCGAAACUGGAACCUUCUCGUCCGGCAGCGUCAAGAACCCCGCCAAAAUACCCAACUUCCUGGAUCUCUGCCCCGUGGCGAUUCUCGCCUUCCAGGCCGCAGGCCAAGUCACCCUCUCCAGACUGCUGGCUAUGCUCGACCUGCCCACCAUCGUGCUCAGCACGCUGUACCACGACUUCACCGCUGACUUAUACUCGCUGCGCGUGUCCUGGCGGCAAAGGACCAGCCUGCGGAAUUUCUUCCUGGGGCCGCAGAGGCGCCAGGCCACGAGGCUCGCGUCGAUUGUCUCGCUGUUCGCGGGGGGCAUCAUCGGUGGUGAGACAUACAAGUCCCGCGCGGGCAUGGCCGGAGCCCUGUGGAUUGCUGCGUUCCUGAAGCUGGCGGUCACGAUUGCUUGGCUUUUCUGGCGGACGCAGAAGAGCGGUGGUCAUGAUGACGGCGAGCAGCACGACCACGGCGAGCGCACGCCGCAGCCGUCUCUGCCACGCUGA